UGCAACUUCCGGUUUUUCCAAACAUCGCAACAACCGAAGUCGAGGGGAACAAAACUACAACUUGAAAAAUGAGUACUACUAAAAACUAUUUAGAUGUGAGCACUCCGAACCUUGUACUAGCCACACUAGCUGCAGUUCUUUCGUUAUUUGGAACGACUUUCAUCGUUGUUACGUUCUUCAUUUGGAAAGAAAUUCGAUCGACGUCACGUCGAAUUCUCGUCUACAUUUCCAUUGCAGACUUCUUCGUAGCUGUUGGAACAGUAGUUGGCGUCUCAUUUUCGAAGCAUAGCACGACAUGCCUCAUUCAAAGCAUAUGUGGGACCUAUUUUGUACUUUGUUCGUUCUUUUGGACUGUCUUCCUAGCAGUCUAUCUCUUUAUUGGCUGCACUAACAAGAGAAUUCUCUUGGCAGAGCGAUUAGUGUGCCUCUUUCAUGUUAUUGCCUGGGGAGUACCAUUGACUAUCGUGUGUAUUGCUGUUGCAAAGAAAAAGUUAGGUGAUAAUGGGGAUAUCGUGUCGUCUGGUUGGUGCUGGGUUAGUGCUAACAUGAGUUGGAAGGAACAAGUAAAGUGGAUGCUGAUUGCUGGAAAGUUUUGGGAAGUUACAGCCUUUGUCAUCAUCACUAUUUUAUUUAUUUUCAUAAGACAAGGAAUGAGAAAAGUUCUCAACAAUGAAGAAGGGCUACUACUAAGUGAAAGAUCAAGUCGAGCUGCCCAAACUGCAGAAAGAAAGUUAAUCCUUGUGCCAUUGUCAUUUAUUCUUUUACGCAUCUGGGGAACAGUGCGCUUCUUUAUCUUUGUUGUGACAGGGCCUAACAAAGUCCCUCCUGCUAAUAACUGGCUACUCGUACUACAGGGAAUCGGCGACACUUUGCCUGGCUUUGCAAACUUCCUCAUCUUCUGCUUCUUCACUGAGAAAGUCCAAGGUCACCUGAGAACAGCAUUUGGAAGAUGUUUUUCAAGAUGUUGUCCAGGAGUCCUCGCUGGCUAUGGUACAAGAUUAAAUCAUGACCGACUAAGAGGUGUUUGUGUACCAACAUCAUCAAAUCCAGACCUUCAAACUUUUGGGAAGUGAGAUAAGAUGGAGAACUAGAAAACUAUCAUUAUUGCCAUAAUGGCAAUCUUUUUGAAAUUAAGGUAAAAAAUAGGUCAUUUUAAUCUCUUCCAUGUGCUAUAAAUUUACCUAAGUAAAUUAACUACUCUGGUUUUUUAAUUGGAGAACAAAUGAUAGUAAUUAGCCAAUCAGUGUUCCUUUUUGCUGCAAACUAUAUGCAUAUUAAGCUAUAUUUUUGUGGUUUGUAACAAUAGUUUAUGAAUGCAAGAAAAUUAGUUUUAUAGUUGACAUAUAAAUAUAAGCAAUAUUUUUUUGUUUUGGAAGUUUAUUUGUUAUUUUAAAUAGUUACAUGUACUGGUCUCCAUUCAAACCAGCCUCAGCUCAACUAGACUGCCUGUCUAAAAAUCGCAAAUAUUUAUAAAUAAAUAUUAGAUAUGCACCAAGUAGACAUUUUAGGAGUUAAUAUUAUUAUUCUACAAGCUUUAAAAAAAAAACAGUUGUUUUUAGCUUGGGCAUAACUAUGCUUGUUUUAAGUAUGGAUAAUGGAGUCUACAAAUUAAAAUAAAUUAAAUAUUAAUAAAUUGAAAAUUUAAA